UCCUCCGCCGGCAGCAACUCGGCGCCCGCGGUCCAUGGACCGGAACCCUGGGCCGACGGGCAGGAACCCGGGCCGCGAUCGCCGCCUCCCCGCCCCAGGCUCCUCCUCCUCGCUCCCCACCGCCUCCUCCCGACGCCCGCAGGCCGCGCACCGCCACCUCCGGGCUCGCGGAGCCGCCCCGGGAGGCUGGGUGGGGGGUUCGCGGCUGCCGCCGGACUGAGGCCUACUCCGCCGCCUCUCAGUGCUAUUGUCCCUGGGCCCGGCCCUGACCGGGCCCACUGGGGAGGCGAGUGCGUCGCCUCCGACGAAGAUGCCGGACCAAGCCCUACAGCAGAUGCUGGACAGAAGUUGCUGGGUGUGUUUUGCCACUGAUGAAGAUGAUAGAACAGCUGAAUGGGUGAGACCAUGCAGAUGCAGAGGAUCUACAAAAUGGGUUCACCAGGCUUGUCUGCAGCGCUGGGUGGAUGAAAAACAAAGAGGAAACAGUACAGCCAGAGUGGCAUGUCCCCAGUGCAAUGCUGAAUACUUAAUAGUUUUUCCAAAGUUGGGUCCAGUUGUUUACGUCUUGGAUCUUGCAGAUAGACUGAUCUCAAAAGCCUGUCCAUUUGCUGCAGCAGGAAUAAUGGUUGGCUCUAUCUAUUGGACAGCUGUGACUUAUGGAGCAGUGACAGUGAUGCAGGUUGUAGGCCAUAAAGAAGGUCUGGAUGUUAUGGAGAGAGCUGAUCCUUUAUUCCUUUUAAUUGGACUUCCUACUAUUCCUGUCAUGCUGAUAUUAGGCAAGAUGAUUCGCUGGGAGGACUAUGUGCUUAGACUAUGGCGCAAAUACUCAAAUAAACUACAAAUUUUGAACAGUAUAUUUCCAGGGAUUGGUUGUCCUGUUCCUCGAAUUCCAGCCGAGGCUAAUCCUUUAGCAGAUCAUGUCUCUGCAACCCGAAUUUUGUGUGGAGCCCUUGUUUUUCCUACUAUUGCAACAAUAGUUGGUAAACUAAUGUUCAGUAGUGUUAACUCUAAUUUACAAAGGACAAUCUUGGGUGGAAUUGCUUUUGUUGCCAUUAAAGGAGCAUUCAAGGUUUACUUCAAACAGCAGCAAUAUUUACGUCAGGCACACCGCAAAAUUCUAAAUUAUCCAGAGCAAGAAGAAGCAUAAAACUGUGACUUCUCAUUGUUCUGCAGUCCUCUCAUUCUUAUGAGUCUGUUGUGUUGUUUUGAUUCCAUCAUUAAUGCACAGUAGUGGAGACUUGCGAUAAGCUGCUGCUCUCAUAUUUUUAAGAAGUAAAAUAAAGCACUUAGGGAAGGGGAAACCCUCUCAGUAAUCACGGAACCUAAGGAUGUGAUUUGUUUUCAUUGUUUUGUAUGUACUUCUUUUAUGGCAGUCAUCUGAACCAUUAUCUUAGCAUGGUGAACCUGAGUUUUGUUCAUAUUUUCUUCAGACAGAAAUGUAAAGAUCAAACUGUGCAAAUAUUUAAAAAUGCACAUGCUGUUUUAUUCAGAGGCCUCUUUUGUACAUGUUCAUGUUCAGUGUUUUCUUAGAAUCAGCAAUUCAAUGAAGGUACUAUGAGGAUUUUUCUCACUGGCAUAAUUUGAUUACAAGCUAAACAGGAGUAUAUGUUAAUAUGAGGAAAUGUAAAUUAGUUAUACAUAAUUAACAAACCAAAAAUGUACGUAAACAUUCAAAUGAUUAUCUGAACAAAUGCAAUUUUGCUGUGUUUUUCUUAACCCAUGUGAUAUCCUCCAAAACGUGUAGGGUAAAAUUUCACAGGGCUUCCAGAUCACUUUUUCACUAUUAAAUUUUAUUUAUAUAAUGUUGACAUCUCAUAGUUCAUAUUGUAAUUUUGACUUAUGCAGUCUUAAUUACUGUGUGUGUGUGUGUGUGUGUGUGUGUGUGUGUGUGUGUGUGUGUGUGUGAGAGAGAGAGAGAGAGAGAGAGAGAGAGAGAGA